AAGUGGAGGCCAUUCUGCCUGAAGUUUGAUGGAAUUAUAGAAGACUUCAACUAUGGUACUUUGUUGAGACUGGAUUGUUCUCAGGGCUACACUGAGGAAAACACCAUCUUUGCUCCCAGGAUACAAUUUUUUGCCAUUGAAAUUGCUCGCAACCGGGAGGGCUAUAACAAAGCAGUUUACACCAGUGUUCAGGACAAAGAAGAAAAAGGAGCUGACAGUGGAGAAGAGAAAGGAGCCAAAAUGGAAGGAGAAAAGGAGAAAACCAAAAAAGGAGGAAAAGAAGAAGCCAAGAAAGAAAUUAAAAGUGGUGAGACAGCUGUAUGACGUAGACAAGGAAUAGCACUCUAGAAGCUGUGACUCAGCUGAGCCUACAAGUACCAUAAUGAUACUUGCACAGACCCCUGUAGUUAAAUGUGUGUCCUUGUGAAAUUGAAGGACAUGUAGAAGGAUAUCUUUCUAGCCUAAUAAUCAGGAGCUGCUCUGGGCGGUUCUUUUGUAUGAACUGGCUUAAAGACUAUUAGUGGGGUUUUAGUCCACUGUUUCUUGAUAUUUUGUUUCUUGGUUCUCACCACCAGUCAAGUAAAUUUUGUAAUUAAAUUCUUUUUUCAUUUUGUUCUUGUAA